GCACUCACUCUGCGGGCAGCGGCGUCACGAACACCACGGCCGGCGCUCCGAGCGCCCCUUCCUCGACACGAGCCGCCGGCACCGCUCGGCACCACUCCCGCCGGCACCGCUCGGCACCACUCAGCCGGCACCGCUCGGCACCACUCCGCCGGCCAGUCCGCCGCCAUGCACCGGCCUCUACCGCUGUCGGUGCUGGUGGCAGCGGUGUGUCUGCUGACGGCGGUCUCCGGCGCCGGACGCCACCGCCGCCAGCUGGGCCGGCCCGGCUCGGCCUGCUCGGAUCCGUUCGGCCGAGCCGGUGUGUGCGGCACGCUGCACCAGUGUCCGGCGCUGCUGCAGGUCGUCUCCGGCACGGGCGUCAGCUCGCCGCAGACAGUCCACAUCCUGCGCCAGUUCGUCUGCGGCCGAGUGCAGCGAACGCCGCUCUUCUGCUGCCCCUCGAGGGCCGGCGCCGGUCAGCAAGCCCGUCCUAGCGGCGGCGGGGGAGCAGGUCAGCACCAAGGUUCCCCGGAGCAGCACCCGAACCGCGCCAUCGUGGAGCGCGGCUUCUCGUGCGGCACCUACUUCAGCGACCGCGUGGUAGGCGGCAAGCAGGUGCCGGUCGGCAAGUUCCCCUGGGUGGCUGUGCUCGGCUACUCGGACCGCGGCGCGCCGGUCAAGUUCGAGUGCGGCGGCACCCUCAUCAGCCUGCAGCACGUACUGACGGCGGCGCACUGCGUCGCCGACCUUCCGGCCGGCCUCCGGCUCACCACCGUCCGCCUCGGCGAGUACGACUUCAGCUCGCCCCUCGACUGCCUGCGCUCGGGCGGCGGGCCGCGCAACUGCAGCGCGCCGCAAGACUUCCGCGUGGCGCGCACUUUUGUACACGAGUCCUACAACCGACCAAACGAACGCGACAACGACAUCGCGCUGCUCAAGCUGGACAGGCCCGUGUCCGAGACGCUCUUCGUCGGCAAGAUCUGCCUGCCAUUCGGCGAGGCGCGCCAGCGAAACUACGACGGCGUUGGUAUGACGGUGGCCGGUUUCGGACGCACGGGGCCGCGGCGGUUCGGGCCCAACAGUCUGGUGAUGAACGAAGUGCGUCUGCCGGGGGUGCCACUGCAGGAGUGCAGCGCCAUCCUGCGCAGCAAGGGCGCCGUCAUCACGUCGAAACACAUCUGCGCCGGCGGCCAGCCGGGCCAGGACUCGUGCGCCGGCGACUCGGGCGGUCCUCUGAUGGCCGCCACACGCACCGGGCCGCCCUACAGCCUGGUGGGCGUGGUGUCGUUCGGGGCGGUGCGCUGCGGCGAGGGCGGGGUGCCCAGCGUCAACACGAGGGUCUCCGAGUACCUCAACUGGAUUCUGGAUAGGGUAGAUCGCUGAGGGGUAUUACGUCCAGUGCGAUGUAUGUGUGCAGGUAGACGAAAAAUGUUGACUGUUCAGUGUUUAUUACGCUUUGUUUUGGCAAACGAGUGCAGUGUGAAACUUGUUCUGUGUGCGGCUGGUCCGUUUUGCUCUGUCGAGUGGUAGGAACUGGCGACUGGCGAGAUUACAGAAACUGAAUUGCGUCGCACCAGCUCCAUUUAAAGCUAAGUCAUUGCCAUAAGAAUCUCUUAGUACCGCUCCCCAAGCAGAAUUUCGUCGAUUUAAUACUAAAACACGAUGUCUCACAUCUCUGUUUUUCGAAUGGCUGUUACUCUUUAAAGGUAGUGUGCCAGCUUUCUUGGACCAUAUGGAGUUAAUGACCCGGAUAAGGAGAACCGGAUUUUUAGAACUUAUCCAUACCUUCAAAACUUAUGGAAACGUCUUAAAUUCUUCAAAUUUUGAGUACCCCAGUGCGAAAUUCGCCCCGACGGGUUGUCGGUCGUACCCCAACCACAUUUCACACCACUAUGAACAAUAAAUGCACACACUAAAAUCGCUAUUACCGAUAGGCUCAUCCAAUCAAGUUUCGAUAAACCCGUUCAUCAUCAUCUCCUGCGGUUUCGAACACGCCUGUUAGGUGGCUUCUGAUGCUCGUCGAGGUCGGAAUUUCCAAAUACGCGUGGUGCGUCGGGCCGCGCGCUCGGGUGCGGUUAUUUUUUCACAUCUUAGUUUGCUAUUUUGGCGCGAUUUUUACAAUUUCUGGCGCAUUCCACUUGUUUACUUUAGCGGGCAUAGGGCAAUGGUUUACUGGGUUUACUCGAGGUUUACUAACGGGAGAUGUGUUGGAUUGUUGCAGUGAUACUUGGAAUAUAAAGAAGAAGUGAAGCAAUUAUGAUACCUAUUAUUUUUUAUAAUGACAGAAGGAACGUGGAAGAAAAAACAUUUUGUGCAGCAUUUGAAAACUAAGAAAUAGAAUGAAAGAAGGGUUGCUACUUGUCAUGCGCCCGAAACCAGCCACCUCAUCAUCAUAGCAUGGUAAUAAUAGUUAAAGUUUAUGUUAAAAAAGAAUAGAAGGAGCUUCUGCAAAGGUGAUGCCUCAAAGCCGUUAAGUCAAGUCAGGCAUGCUCUUACAGACUGAACGUGCAAGUUACGAGACCCCAUACUGCUCCAGUGGCUGGUGCUUAUGUUGUGCAAUUUGAGAUACUUUGUUUAUAUUUUGUGGCAUAAUAUCUAGAAAGUUUUGUGCAAGUCUGGUGAUGACUGAUAAUUCAAAUACCUGUUGCAUUGGGGCUCUGCUGGAGUUUGCUGAUGACAGGAUGCUGAAGGGCUGAAGCUGGCAGCUGUGGCAGGAGUCCAGUGUCCACCAGCUCAAGAUCCGACGCCGCCGCGUCGCCGCCGUGCGGCACUCCGCGGAGACGGGGACGGUGGUCAUGAUUGAAGACACCGCACUUCCCGCCUGGACUGUCCGGUCGGAGACUGGUAAUCCCUCCGGUGAGCCGCACACCGUGGAGCUAGUUACUGCACCGCGCGUGUCCACCCGCAGCGCAGUGCCAGCAACGGUGCCGUGAGUGCGACAUCUGCGUGCAUAUGACGCAGUGCGACUGUCACGACUCGCAGCUCAGUGUUAACUGUCAGUGUGACAGUGCGGCUCGCGGUUUAGCGCGGUUUUAGCGUGCGGUUUUAGCGAGGUGCUCUGUUGUAUAUAACCACCUUGAUGGAGAUCUAUGUGCUGCCGCUUGAGUUUCAAUGUACAGUUUUAUGCAUCAAACUAGCGUAAAUGGCUGUCAGAGGUCAAUUUGAAGCGCACUUAGUACCCAUAACCCAGCUGGGUUGAGCGAGUCAUGUGACUAGUCCCGAUGAACGUACUGUUUCGAUGUC